AUGGGCAAAAUCGCCAGCAUCGAGUACUUUCGCGUGCCGCCGCGGUGGCUCUUCGUCAAGAUCACCGACGAGGACGGCCGCGCGGGAUGGGGCGAGGCCUCGCUCGAGGGCCACACACAGGCCGUGGAGGGCUGCUUGGAUGCGUGGGCUACGCAGUACACGGGCCUGGAGGCUGAUGACAUUGAACACAUCUGGCAAAUGUCCUGGCGCAAGACAUUCUACCGCGGCGGGCCUGUGUUUAUGAGUGCGCUGGCGGGCAUCGACAUUGCGCUCUGGGAUUUAAAGGCCCGCAAGCUCAACGUCCCCAUCUACGAGCUGCUCGGCGGCAAGCUGCGCUCCAAGCUCAAGGUCUACGCCUGGAUCGGCGGCGACCGGCCCGACGACGUCGAGGCGCAAGCGUCCGCCCGCAAGGCGCAGGGCUUCACGGCCGUCAAGAUGAACGCCACCAGCGACGUCGGAUGGCUCGACUCCCCGGCCGCACUCGACUCCUGCCUCGCCCGCGUCUCCGCCGUGCGCGCCCUCGGCCUCGACGCAGGCGUCGACUUCCACGGCCGCCUACACCGCCCCAUGGCCAAACAGCUCGCCGCGCGCCUCGCCCCCCUGCAACCGCUCUUCAUCGAAGAGCCCCUCCUCAGCGAGCACGUCGAGGGCAUCCGCAGCCUCGCGCAGCAGAGCACCCUCCCCAUCGCGCUGGGCGAGCGCCUGCACUCGCGCUGGGACCUCAAGCCCUUCCUCGAGCCGCCGGGGUGCUGCAUCGACGUCCUCCAGCCCGACAUAUGCCACGUGGGCGGCAUCUCGGAGCUGCGCCGCAUGGCCGCCAUGGCGGAGGCGUACGACGUGGCCCUCGCGCCGCACUGUCCGCUGGGGCCCGUGGCCCUCGCCGCGAGCAUGCAGGUGGAUGCCGCGGCGGCGAACUUUGCCAUCCAGGAGAUGAGUCUGGGGAUUCACUACAACGUGGGCGGGUACGACCUGCUGAGUUAUCUGGCCGAGGGGAGCAGGGAUGCGUGGCGCGUGGAGGACGGGUAUGUGCAGCUCAUGGGCGGGCCGGGGCUGGGCAUAGAGAUUGAUGAGGAGAAGGUGAGGGCGGCGAGUCGCGGGGCGGAGGCGUGGGUGAGUCCGGGGUUCUUUGGGCCGGGCGGCGAGUUGAGGGAGUGGUGA